CUGAAAGAAUGAGCAGAGCUUGAAGUUCAGUAGUGGCAGUCAAGCUGCUCCGUACGUUGUACGCCGAGAGACAGAGAGGGUCUUACAGUUGGGGAGUUGGACCGUGAGGUAUCCUGAGGUUUCCCUGAGAGCUUUCACACUAUUCACCUGAGAUGCUGAACCGAAGCAGAGGCAUCAAGAAGAAGAACUUCCAGGCGCCAGAUUAAGAAGGCAGAUUGUCCCUGUGUUAUUAUCUACUUCGGUGUUUCUUCAGUUUUAAGAGUGGAACAGCAGCACCCAGUUAACCACGCACAAAAGACUAUGGCGUUUUUGAUGAAAAAGAAGAAGUUCAAGUUCCAAGUCCAUUUCACUCUGGAGGAGCUGACGGCCGUGCCGUUCGUAAACGGGAUGCUUUUCUGCAAAAUCAGACUGUUGGAAGGUGGAGACUUUGCCAUUUCUUCAUCCAGGCAAGAGGUUCAGGAGAACUGUGUUCGCUGGCGAAAGAAAUUCUCCUUUGUGUGUAAGCUGAGUGCCAAUCCUAACACAGGGGUCCUGGACCCCUGCAUCUGCCGUGUGUCUGUGCGAAAGGAACUCAAGGGUGGAAAGUCUUUUUCAAAGCUGGGCUUUGCUGACCUCAACAUGGCGGAAUUUGCAGGUUCAGGCUCCACCGUGCGGUGCUGUAUACUGGAAGGCUAUGACACCAAGAACACUCGGCAAGACAACUCCAUCCUGAAGGUUACCAUUGGUAUGACUCUACUCUCCGGGGACCCUUGCUUUAAAACGCCUCCGAGCACGGCUAAAACCACAGCCUUCGCUGGCCAGGACCCGUCUUUGCAGCUGGACUGUAAAGGAGAGGGCACUGGCGACAAACCAAUUGCACCAGCGGGCAUCAACCCGGGCAUCAGCACCAGCCGGACACUCAAACUCAGAGCCUCCGCACCCUGCUCAGGUCUGCCAGAGGUGUUAGAUGAGAACCUCUCCAGUCCAGAUGAGGUGUUUCACACAGGCCACUCGAGGAAUUCCAGCUACGCCAGCCAGCAGAGCAAAGUCUCAGGCUACAGCACAGAGCAUUCCCGCUCGUCCAGCCUGACGGAUCUGAGCCACCACAAACGGAACACCUCCACCAGCAGCAGCAACACUUCAACAGGAGCUGCAGCAGCUAGUGAGAGCCCCCCGGAGCCAGAGAAAGAGCCAGUGAAAUCGGAAAAGCCUCCACGCCCACCACGGCCUGCCCUGCUCCCAAACCGACCAUCCAGGAGAAAGAAGGACUCUGUGGAGAACCACCCCACCUGGGUGGAUGAUACGCGCAUCGAUGCUGAUGACAUUGUGGAGAAGAUCGUCCAGAGUCAGAACUUUGCCGAUGCCAGCAACAAUGAGGAUAGCAAUUUGCGACUGUUUGUCAGUAGGGAUGGUACCACUGCCCUUGGCGGCAUCCAGCUGGGCAACAGGGUGUCGGCAGGUGUCUUUGAGCCGGUUGUGAUCGAGAGUCAUUAGUGUCAUCAUGGCAUCCAAGCACUGUCUGUCCAACUGGGCUCUUCACAUAAAGAGGAUGGUCCAGACAAGUGAGGAUCAUCAAGGCAGAGUGCACGUCAGGCGUCCCACUGACAAGUUGUUUUCUACUUGCGUUUGUCUCUUUUUUUAUUAUCUUUACUGAUUACUGAUUUGUGUACUCACACACUACAAUAAUAACACCUUAAAUCUUAUGUCACAUUUAUGGAAACGGUGGUGGGUAGUUCGUUAUUAUUAUUGUAUUGUAAAACCCCGUAAUCAAAAAAAGAUAUCUUAAUUAACACUUUAAUGACACCUUAUUGCAAGUAAACCAACUGGAAAUGCCUUGAUGAAAUUAGGCAUUGUGGGAAGUAUAGUCUUAACACUGUGAAAAGCUGUCAUUGGCCCAUAAACCACCAUGUUUAUGACCUAAAUGGCAGCCUUUAGUAUUUUCAGUAGAAAUAUGAUUUAUAUAUUGCUUAGCCUUUCAGAUAUUAUUUAAUGGUUUCAACCUACGGUUUUCUUUCUCACCUUUUAGUUUUAACAAUGCACAACCAAACCCUUUUAGUACAGGUUGUGUGUUCUGCCUGGGCUAUAUACCACUAAAAUGUGUUAAAAAAUGUCUUAGCAUGAAUGUUCCUAAUGAUCCUGCUUUUGCUUAACCACAGUCUUUUUACCUGCAUCGGGAAUGACCUUAUUAAUCCAUAUGACACAAAGGUGAAUAUACACAGUGCUGUAUGGCUGGCCAUACAGAAUCAGUUCAUGUUGAGGUGGACAUGGAAGCUUCUGGCCAUUCCUCCAUAGAUUAGGGCCUUCUGUUUUUGUGAAUGUGUGUGUGUGUGUGUGUGUGUGUGUGUGUGUGUGUGUGCUUUUGGGGGUGUUAAAUGUGUCAGUACAUGUGAUUCUCCAUAGAAGUUCUCCAGCUGGCCUGGUGGAACCACAAGUCAAGUUUCUUCAUUGGCAUUCUUCUCCACAUCUUCUGUCCAUAUGUCCAGAACGCACUCUCAUUCCCCUCUUAUUCUCUUGUUUUCGUAUGUGCUGCAGGCAGCCUCAGAAAUGAAUGGGGGCCAAAAAAUGCCCCAAAAUUUUUAAAAAUGCGCUUGACAUGUAAAAGUGCCCCAUGUUGUCCUGUAUUUUUAAACAUUUGAUGCCUUCUUCAUAGAAUGUGGUCACCUGCACCUGAGUGCUUAUGGCUUUGUUCCAUUGCAUUUGGAACUUCCGAGUUGGUACUUCUGACUUUUAAUCUAAAUGCUUUCCAAGCAUGAAGAAACAAGCAUUCUCAUGGCAAACUGAUGUUUGUAUGGCAAAUCAUGGAAUUUAGGUACACACUCACAUUACUUCAUCAAAGAGGCACCAAUUUUGUCUCUUUGUGUGAAUUGGAUAUGUAUCCAUUCUGGGACAACAUAUGAAGUGGCUCAAGUUCGACAUAAAAAAAGAUCAGAUUUGUGUGUCCACAUCAGAUCUGGAUCACAGAAAGGCACAACAUCCAACUUGUGCCACUUGCACCUAGUAAUGUGAAUGUAGCCAUAUAUAUGUACAUAUGUGGCGCUCGAUCCAAUUCAUAUCUGAUUUGUGAGUCCUUAUUUCAGGACUCACAUGCGUUCACACUGAAGACAGAUAUGCGUCAAAUAAGAAUGUGAACCAUCAAGACAGAGAGAUCAGGUCUGAAAAAAAUUGGAAUUGAGCAAUAAGACUUGUAACAUGAAUGCAGCCUAAUAAGCAUCUUAAGAGAAUCUACAUUAAUGCUGGGCUGUUACAGCACAUUUUUAUAACAGAAAACAAAUGUAGUUUUUUAUAAAAUAAAAAUCGAUGAUCCGAUCACUUGGGUGGCCAUUCCAUUGCAGAGUCAAAGAUUUCAUUUCCUGAGUUCCGAGUCCAGUGGAAUGCACAGUUAGUCCACACACUAUUUUUUAAAGUUACUUGAUAAUUUGGCAAUACCUGAGCGAAUGAUGUUGGUGAAACAAGGCACUCUUUUUUUAUUUAAAAAGACCUAAACUGGAUUCCUGAGUGGCGCAACCAUGUAAACACUGGUUCUAUCAUCAGGAAAACACUAGUAUGUUCCUUAAUGAUGCCACAGCCAUCUGUAACCAGAACUCCAAGACUAAUUGGUCUCACUUUUUCUGGGAGGGUAGGAUGGCCUCCUUCUUUCCACAUCACUAAGAACUGAACAUGAAUAAAUUUCUGAUAAAAUUGGAAAAAAUAAAAAAUAAUCUCAAAAAAACACUAAUUUCUCAAUCUGUUGCAACAUCAGAGGAGGACAGGCAUACUGAGCAACACACUGAGAACAUAAAUAAAAUAACAGAAUACAGUAAAUUCGAAUGGAAUUGUUGUACUUAGAAAAACAGACUUGCUAAAAAAUAACCUCCUAAACGUCAAAAUUGCCCCUGAAAAUCAAUUUCAGAGGCCCCCAGGGUAAGUUAUUUUCUGACACUGGCUGCUGGUUUCAGCCAGUAAUGCAUGAGUGUAUUAUACUACAGUGCUGUGCACUGGUCUCUUCUGCUUUUCAGCAGGCGUAAUAGUCAGCGUGGUUUGGUGAAUGGACCACAGCCAGUCCUGCUGCAAGGAAAUGUGUUCAUCAUUACGAGCAUGUGUGCUGUAUAAUGGAACGUGGAUGGUGGAGGAUGUGGCUGAAGAAACCCUUUGUUUGUUGAAUUAGAUCAGAGCAGAUGACUCACAACCAUGCGACUUGACUUGGCGACAGCACCUGGUGUGCGUCCAGAAACAAAGCUUUCCCCCUCUGUGUGUGUGUGUGUGUUAGUUAAAGGUCUGUAUGCUGUUUCAGUUUUGUUUUUUUUUUGUUUUGUUUUGUUCAGUUUGAAUGAGCUAGCCAUGAUCUUGGUCAUGGAGAAAAAAAAGCCUUUCAGUUGAUCUGAGAGAACAAACAGACUAGAGAAUUUACACUAAGAGUCUCUGAGCUCUUUGCACGUCUAGUUCUGUUAUUGUGUCUUUACAUAAACAGUGCAAUGUGGGCUUGAUGCUUCAUUAAAGGAGAAUUUCACGCUAAACGCAGUUUAACAAACAGAAUAAAUAACAAACCCUUUGCAUAAUGAAUAAUAUAUGAAAUAGCCCAUGUCAUGGAAAAAUAGUAUGUACAGUCGUGUGCAAAAGUUUUUGGCACCCCUGGUCAAAUGAGGUUUUCUCUAGAGAGAACACACGUUUUUGCACGUUUAAGUGCAUAGUUACUGUUUAUUUGCUGAAUUCAACAUAAAAAAUAAAACAGAUGUGGAAAAUAUGGUCCGUGCUGGAGUACAUUUGGCACUACACUCAAUCUUUUACGCUUAAUCUUUUUCCAAUAUGUUAAACAAGUAAAUAGCGAUCAUGCACUACAAUUUGCAGAAAAAUGCCACAUAUUCAAGUGUGUUCUCUAUGAGGAUGUGUUAGCUUAUUCUCACUUAGAAAAUUAACAAAAAUUUGAGCAGGAGUGUCAUAUAUGACUGUAGAUACUGUUAAAGUUUCAAAACAUAUCACUCACGCCUCGGUUCAUACAGUCCAUGUACAGAAACUAAGCUGUAAAACCAUUUGAAUUUGUUUUUGUGAUGUCUUUUGUUUACAUAUAGCCACAUUUUCAGCCUACAGCGGGUUAGCACCGCUCCAGUAAGGUUGAAGUUAUAAAGAGUGGACUGCUUUUUGAAUGAGGCACAAUACACAGUGGUCAAUUAAAACAGAUAUCACAUCAUAUAUAUAUAUAUAUAUAUAAUAUAUAUAUAUAUAUAUAUAUAUAUAUAUAUAUAUAUAUAUAUAUAUAUUUCAGUGUUAAACACGCAUUAACAAAAAAUAGUCCGUUUACUUCUAAAGUGUAAAGAGAGGUUGGAAAAUUGCCAAGUAAUAAUGAAUUAGGACUAUUUUGGACACAUGAAAUCACAAAAAAGUGAACCUCAGGGGAAAAAGAAUACAAGACAGAUGUGGGAUAUGGGCCUUUUAGGGAAUGGAUGUCAUGUGGAAUACUCCUUUAAUGCCCUUUUUAUUGUAAUAUCUUGUGGUGAAGUCACUCAUUAUGUCCUAGUUAAGACCUUGUGAUGGAGUGAUGACUUUCUCAGGUUCUUCAUCAUUAUACUGUGUCUUUCAGAAGUAUUAGCACCCUUGGUAAAUAUGAGCAAAAGGCAAAUAUGAGAAAAAUCUGAGCUUUUAUUGAGGUAAAAUGGCACAAAGAAAAAGUACAUGCACAAUUAUUUAUCAUGAACAAAAUCUAGCUGUAUACUUUUCAGUGGUCAUGUAUUGUGCAAAAGUUUGGGCACCCCGUAGCCAUGUACACACGGGGAGCGCAGUUAAAUGUGGCACAUUUCUGCUAAUUUUAGUGCAUAAUUUCUGUUCGAAGGGUUUUGUUCCAGACCCUUUACAAGAAAGGUAUUUUGGCAGUGGACUUUAUACACGCAAGAAAUAUAAAAUUUUCUUAAGACCUUUCUCAAGAACAAAUUUAAGAAAAAACUUGGGAAAAUAUUGGUGAAUGAGGCCAUUUAUGUUUUAUUGUUUCUCAAUAAGUGUGUUUUCUGUAGCAAUGUUAACUUACUUUCACUUAGGAACAACAAAAAACAUAAUUUGACCAGAGGUGCCCAACGUUUACACAGGAAUGUAUAUGAACGAGCACAUAAGUCUUAAGAGUCUUGAGAGUCCCUUAGACUUAUAUUUAUACAAGAUUUUGAUUAAUAGAGCUAUUUACCUCACUGAAAGCUUUGAUUUGUCUUGGGUUUUCAGUGAACUGACUGAAACAAAGUUUCCUCAAAAAGGUGCCAAUAAUUCUGGUAAGCGUUAAUUAUAUUAAUAUGAUUAGACCAUAGAGAUCGCAUUGAUCUGAGUCUUAUCUGGGCAUAUAAAGAGUGAGUGCUUUUCAAUUAGGGUACCACACUAGCAUCAAGGGAAUCUCUGAAAUGUUCUGUUUUCGAAUGCACCCUUUCUUUUCAUCUGUCUGUUGUUAGACAGGCAUGCAGCCUGUUUGCUGUCUGUCUGUCUUUGCAUCUCUUUUGUUCGCCAACGUUACGAGCGAUUCGCUCAUGCUUUAUACUGUCCUGUUCUUUUGGAUUUCCAAACCAGCGGGCUGGUUUAUUUGAACCUUUCCCCACAUUCAGUUGCCGUCACUGCUCUCUCUGUUGAUUCUUUAGUGUCGAACGAACAUUGUGACAGCAUGAAAUGGUUGAUGUACUCACAACUUAAAGAGGCUACUUUUUGAUGGUUGUUCUUUCUGUCUUUGUUUUCCUUGCAUUGAAAAAAGAGCCUCUUGUGUCGUGCUAUCAUUUUCGGUCAUAAUGGACUGUAACCUGUGAUUGAUUUCUCUUUUUUUAAAUUCACAAGGUAGAUGUAAAGUUGAUUUAAGAUGCUGUUGUGGAGAACUGAACAUAAAGGUAUUGGGAUGUUUGAGGGAAAAUGGUUUUGUACAUUCAGUAUUUGUGUCAUUUGCUGUUCUUUGUUAUAAAAAAAGAAAUAAUGCUUGAAAGUCAGUGUAAUUCACUCAUCCUGGGGCAAGUCUACGUCGUUAUUUACUCCUUGGAAAUAAUGGAAAUUAUAGGGUUAUUUCCAAGAAGAAGAACGAUUUGUUUUUUUAGUUCUUCUUGAACAUGGUACAGUUGUGUGCAAAAGUUUAGGCACCCUGGUCAAAUGACGUUUUGUUGAUUUGUUGAUGUAAAAGUAAGUGAACACAUCCUCAUCAGAGAACGCACUUGUGCACAUUUUAAUGCAUAAUUACUGUUUAUUUGCUGAAUUUAACCUGUUGGAAAAACAAAAUCUGGCCUGUGCAAAGGUUUUGGCACUUUGUUAUCUUUUAUCUUUUUCCAGUAUGUUAAACUCAACAAAUAAAUAGAAAUUGUGUGCUAAACUUUGCAGGAAAAUGCCACAUCUAGAUGAUGUGUUUAUAUAUUUUCACCUAGACCAUCAAUGAAGUAUUUGACCCGGUGUGUUCAAAUGUUUAUGUUGUAAUAGUGAGUAUUAAUUAUAAAUGAAAUGCUAAACUACACUGUGAUCUCCGGAAGGUCGAAUCCUUGGCCAAUGACAUAACAUUCACCGCAACGGCACUUAAAUACUAACGUUUAAAGUAUCAAGACCUGUAAAAUCCUCCACAACUAAUGCUGUUUGUCUCCUUUCUCUCUCAUUUUGUAAAGGGUUGAAAAGCUAUGCACUUGAGUCAGACAGAAAGACUCCGUUUUGACCACUAUAUUGGUUACAAUUAACAAAUUAUCAAUAUAUUGAAAGACUUCAGAUUUCUAUGAAAAGUCAGUACCUAUAUUUAACUUUACCACAGAAGUGAUGAGUUUAUUUUUCUGAUUAUAUAAAAAUUGUUGAAUACGUAUAUUUUAUGAUCACACAAAUAAUUUCCAAAGUUUUCUUGACCUCAUAUUCGGUUUUAUUUGGUGUAUUACUGUCUCAUGAUGGAACUAUAUUUCUACACUUGAAUAUGGGUGUUUCGUAUUCUGUAAUGUAAAUGUGUCUUUGGGGGUGUAUUAAUGUAAUAUUUUGGGGAAAUAAAGCAAAUGUUGGGCAUCCAAAA